GCGCGCGCAGGGCGGCGCUCGGUCGGUGUCGCCCGGCGGCUGCGGGGCCGUUUCCCCCCCCCACCCCCUCCCCCCCCCCCCCCCUCCCCGGUCCCCCGCCCCGUCCAGUCCCGUUCCCGCCGCCCCCGCCGCCGCCAUGGGCGCCAGCGGCUCCAAGUCGCGGGGUCUGUGGCCCUUCGCCUCCUCGGCGGCGGGCGGCGGCGGCGCCGAGAGCCCCGGCGGGCAGCAGGCCCUGGCCCGGGCGCGGGCCGCGCGCGCCGCCACCCCCUUCGUCUUCACACGCCGCGGUUCCAUGUAUUACGAUGAGGACGGGGAUCUCGCCCACGAGUUCUACGAGGAGACAAUCGUUACCAAGAACGGGAGGAAGCGUGCCAAGCUGAAGAGGAUCCACAAGAACCUGAUACCUCAGGGCAUAGUGAAACUAGAGCACCCUCGCAUUCACGUAGAUUUCCCGGUGAUCAUCUGCGAGGUGUGAGUCGCCGGACGUUGCUGCCCGCGGGCGGGAGGCUCUGCCCCACUGCCCCCAGCCUCACCAGGAGAGGCUACGUCGUGUCCCCACCCGAGGAGGAGGACUCUGGGCGCGCGGCGGGACAGCGGCUCCCCUCGCCCGGAGGUGAGGCGGGCCGGAGCGGGCUGGGCUGGGCUUGGCUAGCGCUCCUCGCAGGAGAUGGGUGACCUUGUGCAACGACUGCUUAAAAACAUCCUCGCUUGAGCCGGAAGACUAAAAUACCUUUCGUAGCCUCUAGCUGACGUUUGAUGGGUAACUGGAACUGCAAACGAGCUGCUGCGUUUGAGACUGCACUUCUCACCAGAGGAAAUCCCCUGCUUCUCAGGUAUGCGGCCCAGGGAGAGCCAGGGCAAGGUAACACACUGCCCGGGGCCCCGAGAUCCCUCGGGCCUGGUGGUUAGAUGGCCAGUGUUGCGGCGUGUCGCUUGAUGUGGGUGUUACGUGCUGCUCCCCUGGCUGGGUCCGCUGAUGGAGGAUGAACGGGGCAGGCUGAGGAGGGGCCAGUUUCGAAGCACAUCCAGCUGGCUGCUGCGCUCCUCUUGGGAAAGGGAUGGAGAUCAGAUGCCGCUAUCUUGGACCUUGGUCUCUUCCCCCUGUGCGUUUCCCCGCUUAUGCCGGCUCUGGGGAAGUUGGCUUCGCUGCUGCCUGCAGUCCCUCAGCCUGCAGGAGAUCUCUGCGGUCUGUGGCCACUGCUGGUCGCAGCGAGGUCCCCAGCUUUGCAGCAGAAUUGCCAGCCCCGUUAGCAAGCUGGCUCCCACUGAGCACCGUCCCUCGCCCGCGGCGGGGCCGGGCUGCAGGGCAAGGUGUCUCCUCGUAAACAUCCUCACACCCCGCUGCCAUCUUGAACGUACCUCCCGGUGGGGUGGGCCUUGACAGAGCCAAGCAGGAAGGAAAUCAUCUCUUCCCUCCCUGUCCCCUGAAGACAAUCGAUCGGUGGGCCUGGCGUGGCUUGGAAAUCUCCCUGGCGAUGUGAACGACGGUUCCUCCCGCGUCCCAUCUGGCAGCAGGAAGAGAAACGUGAUGCACUUUAAAGGGAGGCUUUCUGCUCCGUUUCGGAAGGUCCUGUUCUUUUCUCCCCUUUCCUCUCGUUUGAGAAGCUCGAGGUCAUCUUGGCAGCACCGAACAACCUCCCCUGCAUGCGGGCCCCGGGGUGCCGAGCGAGCUGCCGCAGGGCCAGGGAAAGGCCUGACCCGUACUGCCCCUCGCCAGCGCUGGGAGCCACUGCCUCCCCGCUCGGCUGCCCCGGACCCGUCAGGUGGAGGAGAACCGACAGCGGGCACAGCUUUAAACUGGGUCGGAGCCUGCUCCCCGCAGCAGCCAGCUCGGCUUUCCUCCUCUUUCGUUCCAGAACUUAUUUACUUUCUAAGCACUUCAGAUGUUUGCUACCUCGAUUUUUAAUUUAAGCUGCUGGCACUUGGCUGCCAGCCCUGUCGGCGUCUACUUUGGAUGUAUCCAUCCCUGCGCCUGCCGAGAGCUGCCCGGGUGUGGGGCCACAUUCCCGGCUUCGGGGAGAUAACAGCCGCGUGGCUGUUGCCGUCUUCCUGUCACCACCUCUUCCCUCCGUGUCCCUCCACCCACUGUUCCCAUCGGCAGGAGUGAGCAUGGAGGGUGAAGUACCGUGGGGGAAGCGGAUGUGCUGGCUGCCACCGGGCAGGGAAGCAGGAGGGCAGGGCUCUGGCAGGGAGCUCGUCUACACUGUGAUGCUGGGCACUGCUUUCAACAUCUUUUGUUCUCCUGCUUGCUUGAAAGAGUCUUGUCUUAAAACAAUCCUCCACUGAAGUGUUUCUUACUCGCACCACCUGCUUUCGAGUUGCUCCUGGGCUGGAUCUCCGUGGGAGGGGCAUCCCCCCGGGCUCCGCAGGAGAGCGGGAGCUGCUAUCCCCAGGAAGAGGAGAGAAAGCCGUGGCCGGGCUGCCUGCACAGCCUCGCCCCGCUGCUGUCCAAGGGCGCGGGAAGCUGCACCAAGCCCGCCUCCGGUACUGGAGAAGGCAGAGGAGGUGUGGGGAGGGGGCUGGGGCCAUUUGCCUGCCCCAACAGGGAGCCCCUCGCCUGGCUACCGGCCAAAAAUCUGCUGACAAGGCAGAGCCUGAACCCCAGGGGGGGGCAGAGACCGAGACUGGCUUAGCAAGGAUGCUUUUGUCCUCCCUGACAGGCUGCCCACCCUUCCCCCAGGAUUUCAGACAUGAUUCCCCCCCCAAAAAAUCACGCCUUCUCCCACCCACCCCCCACCCCCAUGUCACCCGGCGGCAGCAGAACCUCCGCAGGCUGCCAACAAGCUGCGUCCUGCCCCGCUUCUUCCCAGGCUGGUCCCCGAGCAGCCGCCCCCCGGGCCCCCUCUGCUCCGCCGGCCUCCAGCCCUCCUGCAGCUGCAGGGCCUUGGGAGCACCUGGAGGGAUCUUAAAAAUGUGAAGGUCGCUGUAAAUAGUAUCUGUGUCCACUGUGGUGUUGGAGCAAGCAAAAAAAAAAAAAAAAAUCCAACAAAAGUAAGGUUUUCCUUUUGAUUUUUUUUUUUUUUUUAAAUGAUUUCUGUGCAACAUUGUGCUUUCCCGUGUGGAUGUGUAGCCAAGACGUACUCACUGACACUAGGCUCCUUGGUCCUCUAGCGUGUGGGUAGGACCCGUGGGUUUGGGAAAUGUACACUAUUUAUGGUCCUUCUCCCCAGUGCAUCUGUCCACUUUUGUUAAAUUUCAAUAAAAUUAUUUGUAGAGCC